CUUUUCCUCUGUCUCUGUCUGCAUUUUUUUUCUCUGCUCUUGGUUGCUCAAGAUAGGUGAUUUAUGAUCUGUUGGGUUAAAGUUUAAUGACUUUUGUCUGAGUUACGUAUUGAGAAUCACAAGUAAGCCUUUACCUGGUGCUGUGGUUCAUGGUAAACAGUGAGCUGCCUGCUGCUAAGGCCCCUGGAGAAAUCAAGGCAGUAAAUCAAGGCCUUACCUGAGCUGUCAAAAUGGUGAAGAAAACAAUAGUCGUGGCCCUGGGGAUGCUAGUGUUGGCUUCUGUUGCCACUUUUGUGGGAGUUUUCUUCGGUGUUGGGAAAAGGAAGCAACCGAGUGAUCAAGUGUACUCGAAGGCAGCUGUGGCAGCAGAUGCUGGGCCAUGCUCAGAGGUUGGCAGAGACAUGCUGCAGAAAGGGGGGUCUGCAGUGGAUGCCUCUAUAGCUGCUUUACUGUGUGUCGGACUUAUGAACGCACACAGUAUGGGCAUCGGAGGAGGACUUUUCUUCACCAUCUACGAUUCAAAAACUGGGAAGGUUGAGACGAUUGAUGCCAGAGAGACGGCACCGCACAACGCAACAAAGAACAUGUUUGGCAACAGUACAGAUUUGUCCCAGAAAGGAGGCUUGUCUAUCGCAGUGCCAGGGGAGAUUCGAGGAUAUGAGCUGGCACAUCGGCGACAUGGCAAAAUACCAUGGAAAGACUUGUUCCAGCCAAGCAUUGAACUUGCAGAAAAAGGAUUUCCUCUGGGAAGGGCACUUGCCACUGCCAUUAACAGCCACAGGAAAACAAUCGUAAAGGACCCGGUCUUAUGUGAAGUGUUUUGUGGGCAAAAUGGCGAAGUCCUUAAGGAAAACGAUCACAUCAAAUUUACCAAGCUAGCAGCAACCUACAGGAAGAUAGCCGAGGAGGGUCCCGAUGCUUUCUACCAGGGAGAACUGGCUCAGAACCUUGUGACAGAUAUUCAAGCAGCAGGCGGUAUCAUCACAAUGGAGGAUCUGAAGGAUUAUGUGCCUGUCUUGGAUGAGAACCCUCUAAGGGUGAAUGUGGGGGAGUACACCAUGGCUGUUCCCAAUGCCCCCGCUAGCGGCCCUGUGCUCUCGCUGAUAUUAAACAUCUUGAAUGGGUACAACUUAACCCCAGAUAGUGUGUCGAGCACUGGGAAUAAGAUCCUGACCAACCAUCGCAUCGUGGAGGCUUUUCGUUUCGCUUAUGCAAAGAGGACCUUACUUGGAGAUCCAAACUUCCUCAACAUCACAGACCUCAUCAAGAAUAUGACUUCAUCUUUUUAUGCCAAUGACCUUCGUAAGAAGAUCACAGACAAUACCACUCAUCACAUGAACUACUAUGAGCCAGAGUUCUACCUGCCCGAAAACCACGGGACCGCACAUCUGUCUGUAGUGGCCGAAGACGGAAGCGCUGUGGCUGCCACCAGCACCAUCAACCAAUAUCUGGGCUCCAAAGUCAUGUCGAAUUCAACAGGGAUCAUUCUCAACAACGAGAUGGACGACUUCAGCUCCCCACUCAUCACAAACGGCUUUGGAGUGCCUCCUUCACCCAACAACUUCAUCAGGCCAGGAAAAAGGCCAUUGUCCUCCAUGUGUCCAGCCAUCCUUUUUGACAAAAACAAAACAGUAAAGAUGGUCGUGGGAGGAUCAGGAGGGACAAAAAUUACUACUUCUAUUGCUCAGGUGAUACUGAGGGCACUGUUCUUCGACUACGAUCUGAAGAAAGCUGUGUCAGAUCCAAGGCUCCACAACCAGCUGAGUCCCAACACCACUGUAGCAGAGCCGGGCUUUGACAAAAACGUUCUGGAUGGUUUGGCAGAAAAAAACCACGAGACAGAAUUCCUCAAGUCAACCGGCGCUGUGGUGCAGGCGGUGGUUCGCCAUGUUGAUGGACUCCAUGCUCAGUCAGAUCCUCGCAAGGGUGGGUAUGCCGCGGGCUACUGAAGUCGAAAUAGAAUUGCUGAUCACACAGAAAGACCGGAGCUGUGUGAACCUUGACACCCUGGGUAAGAGCUGUGAGAUAAGAGGCUAAAGAACCAGGAACCAUUGUCAGCCCACUGGUGACCUAUUGUUCUCUCAUUAAGUUUGCAAAAACAUUCAUGUACUCCACAUGACUCAACUCUGUCUUAUUGAUUUGAUCUUCCAAACGAAAGUGCCUCACUGUUGUUCAGUUUAGUCUGAAAUAAGUUUUGAAUAUAUACUUAAAUCAUUACAAAUAUAUUUCACACCAUUGCACUAAAGUGACGCACAAGAUAUGAGAUUUUACAGCUUUCCAUCAUUCGGUCUUGGAAUUUUAAAUUGAGGCAAAACAACAUGAAUUGCAAAUUGUAAAUCAUGUUACUGUCAAUGAGGAAACACUGUACUCACAAUUUUUGGAUGUUAUAAGAAGCGUGUUUGGUAAAUCAUCAGCAAUGUAGAGUCACUUCCGUUUGUUGUCCAUUAACGAUCCGACAUGCAGCAUCUACAGUUACUCCUAAUGCAGAAAUAUCAACUGUAUGUAAAAACAACUCAAGCAAAGAAACCCCAUAGAUCAAAUGACUUUCAUUUAGAAGUUAAAAAUAUUAUACAAGGAUCAUAUAUGGUGACAGUACACAGAGAGAAGAGAGGGAGCAGACAGGAGCUGUUGUCCAAAUAAAGGUCUAUAACACCUCAGGGAACAGCACUCCCACAUAAUGAGUUACAGUAAUUUCCCACAACUCACAGUGCAAUGGCCUAUAAUGACCCCAUAACAACAUUACAGCUGUUGCUGCUCACUGUCACUGCUGGGAUUCAGGGCUCAUCUUCUCUCAGCUGGAAUGUAAAUGUGUUACAUAAUUCACGAAAUGUAAAUCUGUGUCAAAUAAUGAUGCUUUUAUAACUUGUUUGCUAUGGAUGAAUGGUUCCCAAGUGAUUGAAAUAUUGAGAGACAACUGGUUUAACAUUCACACUAUAGAUAUUUUUAUUUUAAACACACUAAAAAUCUCUGAGUGAAUGCAUCCAUUUUUUUAAUUACCAGCAUUAAUGUUCUGACUGCUUUUAUAAAAUUACAGUUGCUAUUGUAGAUAUUAUUGAUGUAUUUUUUGAAGAAACACUUGAAAUGAUCAUACUGUGAAAAUUAAACACACAUGCGAAAAGUC